CUUGGCUAGCUGAAUUGGAUCCUCUCCUAGAUUUUAGGAGAAAUAACGAUCGCCAAGUUUGAAUUUGCUAAACCUUUAGGCUUUGCUGGCAGGAAAGAAGCGUUCCACUCUUGCAGCAUAAAAUGGAUACAGAAGACAUGGGCUCAGGUAAACUAGGCCAAAUACUGAAGCAGAUUUGGAGACAAAACCUGAUGCUCAAGCAGGCACUCCUGGGCGCCAACGGUCAAGGGGCUGGUGGGGCCACUUGGCUAGCCACGGUGGUCUUUCUGGGUCAGGAGCUCAGCGGGGCCCUUCAUCAACUCCUGGAGCAUACCGCAGGGGCUCUACGCUCCACCUGCCAGCAGCUCUAUGGACUGCUUGACAAGGAGAAUCAAUGCACUUGGGCACAAGAAAUCAUUUCUUUCAUAGACUGCCUCAUGAAAAUAAAUGAAUAUUUGGGGAACACUGCUACACUUCUAAAGAACGAAGAAAAGAAGAUGUGUAAUUUAUGCAGCAAGCAUGAUGAAUGUACUCCACUGAGGACAAUGUCUGCCAUUCAAGACACCAAAGCAACAGACACUGCUGCAAGAGGGGAACAAAAUGUCAUAGAAACAGCAACUGUUUCUCCCACAAAUGCAGAGGAAAGUCAUUACACAAACCAGGUCCAGUUAAAGAAAAAUAAAACACAUAUGAGUUUGGAACGUGUGGAAAAGGAAAACAAUGUAUCAUUGAAUGGCUCUGUAACAGGACAAGAAGCAUCGCAGGACAAAAUGUUCCUAGAUAAUGCAGAAAAUGAAGAUCAUAAACAAGUAGAACACAUGACUGUUGAGAACACAAAUGGCAACAGCGAAGAGAUGCAUGACAUAAUCCAGACAACAGAAAGAGAAAUGCAAGAGCCCUCAGAAAACCAAAGAGAAGAGAUUACCACAUCCUCAGUGACAUGUGAUGUUGCCAAUAAAUAUGUGAAUUGUCUUCUUCCCAGUGAUUCAGAGAGGCUAAAGCCAAAAGACAACAUAAUAGAAAAGGAGUAUCUUGAUGUGCUGAGUGAUGAUACUGGCCCCCAGGUGUCUUGUUAUAUCACAGCACCAUCACACAUUCUACAAUAUCUAGAAUGCCGAAUAAUUAACAGCAUGAGUUCUUUCAUAGUGAGUGAUUAUGAAGAGUUGGUCAGCAAUGUCAUCACUGUUGAGUGCUCAGAUAUGGAAAAGAGAAUUCCAUUUCCAGUAUGCAUUACAAUUCCAUUUACUGCACGUCACAGGGGAAAUUACAGGGACAUCAUGGUGAAAGUGUCUGACAUCAACCUUCAAUCAAGUUACCUAACUCCAAGUUCACUGGAAGGAAUGAGAGGAAGUUACAAGGGGACCUGUGCUGAAGUGAAAGUUUACAAGUUGGGUAUCUUUUCUGUUGUGUCUUGUUUAAAGAAAGAGUCCUUCACAGUAACAAAGAAAGGCCUUACUCUUAAGCCAAGCAUGGAUUCUCGAAUAUCCUUAAGUUACCCUCCAGGAGUUUUCAGCUCACCAGUGCUUGUACAAUUAAAGAUCCAACCUGUUGACCCAUCACUGGUGGCAUAUUUAAAAACACAGCAAGAUACUUCCUACCCAGUACUGUCCACCAGCCCUCUGGUUCAUAUUCAGCACCCAUCAACACAUCCUUUCCAGAAGCCAGUCACGGUUUUCCUACCUUGUUCUCUGCACCCAGAUAAAAAUAAUAUGGGAUCUGAGACAGAUCAUAAAAGAACAGCUAGUGCCACAACAAACAGGAUUGUACCUUUAUACCUCAACCGGACAAAAAGUGCUUCCAUAAGAAAACCUAGGAACAAUGCCUGUGAAUCUUUGAAAUUACUGGGAUUCAGAAGCCGAGACAGUGGUUGGUUUGGGCUUGAUGAUGUCCUGGUGAGAACCAUGCAGAGUGGCCUGAUAUCAUUUGAAUUGUAUGAACAUUUAGAGAGAACCAUCCUAAGAGGCAAUGGGAAGGAUUAUGGAAAAGACUACAAGCUUAUUUUUCAUUUACAAAGAAAACCCAGGCUGGAACUCCAAAUCAAAGAGGUGGAUGAAUUUGGGAACUAUAGCUGCCCUUAUUAUAAGGGCACCAUCGUCGUUUAUAAAGUACCUAAAGAAAAGGUGGCCCACAACUUGGAUCAAUCCCUCAUAUUGAAUGAAAACCAUUAUCAGUUUCCAGUUUGCAAAUUACCAUUGAGAUUGCCAAAGCAUGAAAAAUUAAUCAACCGUCCACAGAGUACCAAAAGAAUUUCUGCAGAUCCUUUAGGUGCCCUGUGGGACAACCUGCUCUACUGGCUGGCAGAGGAGCUCUCAGAAGAAAACGCCACGCGUCUCUACUCUUCCCUCCCUCUUCGCCGGAGCACCAUUCAACUCAUCAAACUGAAGCACCCAGAUGACCUCACAGAACAGAUCCACGAACUUCUCUGCUUCUGGAAAAAAUCACUCCCAAACUCCACUGAUAAACUCCGCCUUCUGGCCCGUCAUCUCCGCAAGAUCGGCAGGAAUGAUCUUUCCGAAGAGUUAAAGUUCAAGUGGGAAAAUAAAGUUUUCACCGAACCACAGCAGUUGCUUGAUAAGGCAGAGUAAAGCCGG